AUGGCACGUCGUUGGCUGCCAAUCCUGGAAGAUGAUGAAAAGUGGCAGUCCGAAAGCAACGCCGAGUUGACAGGAGACCAUCCUGACUUCACCAAAUUCGUGGAGCACCUGGACUAUCUUCUGCUGCGUCAGAAGGUGGAAUCUUCAGACAGCCAGCAGUCUCGCGUGCACGAAAGCCUCCUGAAUCCUUUGCCUGCAGGGUUUCCGACUGUGCUUGGCGCAGUUGUGACAGACUAUCUGUCUGAUCAGUACAUUGCUGCGGAUGUAGACCAGCGGUGGGGACGAGAGCCUAAGUUGGAGAGGCAACCCCUGCUCAUCGAAAUGACUCAUGCAGACGGCAGUGCUUUGGCAUCCUUCCAGCUGCAUCUGCCGGCGGAUGCCACACCCGGUCGUGUGAGAGAGCUCGUGGCCUCGAAGAAGGAUCUUCACAAGCAGGAUCUUCACACAAGUCAGAUUCGCGUGUUGAAGCAGAACGAGAGACUUCCCGCAGGGCAGCCUUGCAUCCGCCUCGAGGUCACAGGGAAUCACUUCAAGAGUGAAAUGGAAGGUUGGCCCGAGCACCCGCUCAAGCGUGAGCUUUGCGACUUCAUCAACAAGAUCGCGAAGAUGCGGAUGCCCCGGGCGCCAAACCAGAGGUGGGAUUCUACGUUCGAGUUUGCCAACCUCGUGUCUUUGAUCACGAAGAUCCUUCGGACCUUGGAGGCCCCCACGCGCGGGACGAAGAAGAAGGAGGAGGAGUGCGGAGAGUUUUACAGGGAGCUCCUGAAUACGCUGAGCUCCCACAUGGAUAUGGACAGUGCGAUCAAGCCAACGCCGGCGAGCCUUUUGGAGAAUCUGAGGGCCGAAUGGGAGUAG